AUGGCCCCCUCUCAGCUUCCCCCGAUCUUCAACCCCACCCAGCAGGACAUUGAGCAGCUGCUCGCUGCUCAGUGCCACCUGGGUUCCAAGAACCUUCAGGUGCACAUGGAGCCUUACCUCUGGAAGACUCGCCCUGACGGUGUCAAUGUCAUCAACAUUGGCAAGACCUGGGAGAAGAUCCUUCUUGCUGCCCGUAUCAUUGCGGCCAUCGACAACCCCGCCGAUAUCUGUGUGAUCUCCGCUCGUCCUUACGGCCAGCGUGCUGUCCUGAAGUUCGCUUCUCACACCGGUGCCACCGCCAUUGCCGGCCGUUUCACCCCCGGUAACUUCACCAACUACAUCACCCGCUCUUUCAAGGAGCCCCGUCUCAUCAUCGUUACCGACCCUCGCACCGAUGCUCAGGCCAUCAAGGAGGCCAGCUACGUCAACAUCCCCGUCCUCGCUCUUUGCGACACUGACUCCCCCACCGACUUCGUUGAUGUUGCUAUCCCCACCAACAACAAGGGUCGUCACUCCAUCGGUCUCGUCUGGUGGAUGCUCGCCCGUGAGGUCCUCCGUCUCCGCGGUACCAUCGCUACCCGCGAGACCGAGUGGGAUGUCGUCCCUGACCUCUACUUCUACCGUGACCCUGAGGCCGAGGAGAACAAGGAGGUCGCCGAGGAGGCUAAGGUGGCUACUACCGAGGAGGUCGGUGCCGCUCCCAUCGAGUCUGGCUUCGCUGGUGAGAACUGGGACACCCAGGGUGCUGGUGCUGGUGUUCCUGGCACUGCUUUCGCUGCUGCUAGCGCUGCUGGUCCUACCAGCUGGGAGGCUGAUGGUGCUGACUGGGCCGCCAGCUCCACUCCUGCCGCUGGUGGUGAGAGCUGGGCUGAGACCCAGCCUGCUGAGGGCAAGUGGUAA